AUGGAGAAUUUCAGUGAUAGUCACUGCAUUGGAACUGGAGGUAGUGGGUUAGUGUAUAUAGCUGAGUUACCUAGUGGUGAAAUAUUUGCGGUGAAGAAGAUCCAUCUGAUGGAAGAUGAUGAGUCAUUUGAUCAUGAAAUAGAUGCAUUGAUUCAUAUUCGGCAUCGGAACAUUGUGAAGUUAUUUGGCUACUGUUCUACACCUCGGGGAAGAUUUCUGGUGUACGAAUACAUGGACAAAGGAAGCUUAGCAGAAUCUUUAAAGAACAAGGAAAGUAUAGCUGAAUUGGAUUGGAUAAGAAGGUUAAAUAUAAUCAAUGAUGUUUCUCAUGCUUUAUCUUACAUGCAUCAUGAUUGCUUUGCACCGAUAGUCCAUAGAGACAUAUCAAGCAGCAACAUUUUGCUUGAUCUGGAAUUCAGAGCAUGCAUCUCUGAUUUUGGUAUAGCCAAAAUACUAUCUGCGGAUGAUUCAAACUGCACAAGGUUUGCUGGGACAAAAGGGUAUCUUGCCCUAGAGCUUGCAUACUCAACAAGGGUGAUAGAGAAACGCGGCGUCUAUAGUUUUGGAGUGCUCACGCUAGGGUUGUUCAUGGGACACCAUCCAGGUGAUUUUCUUUCAUCCAUGGCCGAUAAGAGUACAUCACUCAAUGAUUUGUUGGACAUCCGGCUCCCACUCCCUGCGGCUGAGGUCGCAAGAAAACUAUUCAAAGUGAUCGUGUUUGCUGUUCGGUGCAUAGAACCAAAUCCAUCACGCCGUCCAACAAUGCAACAAGCAAUCAAGGUGUUCACUGCAGCUGGAGGACCUGAUAAUCAUGUUGAUCAUCUGCAUACUGGCAUUGUUAUCCUUGCCUUCUUGUCGUGA